AGUAGACACCCUCAGAUCUUAUGUUGUUAGUUUAAAACAUAAAAGAUUGGGAAAAAUGGCGGCUUCCAUGAGAUUGUCACGUGCAGUUACUUUACUUUUACGCCGGGCGGAUAAUUUCCGACGAAUUCCACAAUCUUCAACUUCCACGUUACUUUUAAAAAAUCCGGCAUUAAACACGGAUCAAUAUUUAAAUCGUUUUGUGUCCACAACAUCGUUAGUGAGGAAUGAACAGCAAAGCAAUGCAAAAACUGCACCAGAAAAACGAGAAUUCCAGGCAGAAACCAGAAUGCUUCUUGAUAUUGUGGCAAAAUCAUUGUACUCUGAAAAAGAGGUUUUUGUUCGGGAACUCAUUUCCAAUGCCUCUGAUGCAUUAGAGAAGUUCCGAUAUCUGUCUCUUACUGGAACAGCUUUGGAAAACAGUCAAAGACCAUUGGAAAUCAAAAUUACUGCUGAAAAGGAGGCUAAAACGUUAACUAUUGAGGAUAGUGGCAUAGGAAUGAACAAGGAAGAAAUUAUUAACAACUUGGGAACAAUUGCUAGAUCAGGUUCAAAAGCAUACAUAGAGCAACUGAAAAGCAAAGGAGGAGCACCAGACUCUGUAUCGAAUAUUAUCGGUCAGUUUGGUGUUGGCUUUUAUUCAGCAUUCAUGGUAGCAGAAAAGGUUGAUGUCUUUACCAAAUCAUCCUUGCCCGGCAGUGUUGGAUUGCACUGGAGCUCAGAUGGGACGGGAACCUACGAAUUGUCUGAAGACGAAACGGCUAAACUUGGAACCAAAAUCAUUAUUCACCUCAAGAGUGAUUGCACCAAUUUUUCUCAGGAGGACACCAUCAAAGACAUUAUCCAACGAUAUAGCAAUUUUGUGGGCAGCCCGGUUUCUGUCAAUGGAACAGUGGUUAAUACAGUUCAGCCGUUGUGGUUGAUGGAUCCCAAAGAAGUGACGGCUGUUCAGCAUGACGAAUUCUACCGUUUCAUUUCCGACUCGUAUGAUCGUCCACGUUUCGUCCUUCACUACAAAACUGAUGUUCCACUGAAUGUUCGUGCUUUAAUAUACUUUCCAGAGGGCAAGCCUGGAUUAUUUGAAAUGAGUCGAGAAUCCGACGCUGGAUUAGCACUGUACUGCCGGCGAGUCUUGAUAAAAAACAAGGCCGAGAACCUUCUCCCUAAAUGGCUUCGUUUCUGCAAAGGAGUGGUCGAUUCGGAAGACAUUCCGCUUAAUCUUAGUCGUGAAUUACUUCAGGAAGGCGCCCUUAUCCGAAAACUGCGGACAGUGUUGACUAACAGAAUACUUCGUUUCCUACAUGACAAGUCACAAAAGGCCAAGGAUGAAUACGAACGUUUUUACCGUGAUUAUGGCAUAUUCCUUAAAGAAGGCAUUUUGUCUUCUAAUGAACAACUAGAAAAAGAAGAGAUUUCUAAAUUGUUGAGGUACGAAUCAUCUCAACUAGCCCCUGGAGAAAAGGUCAGCAUUGCCGAGUAUUGCAACCGAAUGCGGCCAGGACAGAGGGAUAUUUAUUACUUAGCCGCCCCUAGUCGCGAGUUAGCCGAGUCAUCAGCCUACUUUGAGGCUCUGAAGAAACGAGAUGUAGAAGUUCUGUUCUGCUUUGAGCCGUAUGAUGAGCUUGUCCUCCUCCAGUUGCGCGAAUUUGAUCGCAAACAUUUGACGUCCGUCGAAAAAGAGAUGCGACAAGAGUCUGCUGCAGAUCAAUCAACUGAUUCCGAAACUGGCACCACCGGCUUGGAUAGCAAAGCGACUGAGGAUCUCAUUACCUGGUUGUCGGCUACGUUGUCCGGUCGAGCCGCAAAGGUAAAAGUAACACGAAAGUUAGAAUCACAUCCUUGCGUCGUAACUGUUGAAGAAAUGGGAGCUGCGAGGCAUUUCGUCCGUACCCAAUCACAAUCGGUACCUGAAGAGCAACGCUAUAAGUUACUUCAACCUCAACUGGAAAUCAAUCCAAAGCAUCCAAUUAUCACGAAAAUGCAUAAACUGAAAGAUGAGAACCCUGGUUUGGCUACUUUGCUGGCGAAUCAGCUCUUUGCCAAUGCCAUGGUGUCAGCAGGAUUAUUGGACGAUGCUCGGCCAGUCGUUGCCAAUAUGAACGAAUUAUUAACAUUAGCAUUAGAAAAAUGCUAAAAAAAAUUAUCCAUCCUAUAGCAAAUGUUCUUCCUAGUUAACUACUUAAUAAAUAAGUCAUUCGUCUUGUAAAA